GUGGUUGGAUAUUUGCAAUAUCGCACUGUGGAAGUGCAACUACGUUUCAAAGAUUCAGAAAUAAGGACGAUCAAGCACUUAAUUCGGCUAUUGCUUUUCUGUUUCAGAUUCACUUCUUUUUCUUUUUUUGUUUCUUACUAUUUUCUUCUUAAAAAAAAAAUAAUCUACUUUUUUUUGUUUAAUUUAUUUAAAAAAUGAAUGACUCUUUCCUUUUUUUUUUGGCAUAUUAUUUUUUCCCCUUAAAUCUUCAAAUGGCGAAAAAGACCCCUUUUCUCUCUCACACUGUAAACCCUUAAAAACUCAGUCGAAUAGUUCAAGAGAUUCCGUAACCAUGGAUGAACAAGAAGCGUUAACUUCAGUCACUGUGCAUGAAGGUGGUGAUGGAACCCUCACGGAUAAUUUGGGAAAGGAGGAUGAUGAGCCUUAUGAUGACGGAGAUGGUGGGGAGAUAAUGGUAGAGGUGGUAGGUUCUAAUGUGUUUGUUGAUGGGGUCUGUGGUGAUGGUGGUGAACUGGGGCACGAGGGUUUGGAUGAGCAUAGAGAUUUUCAAUUAAGAGAUGCUAAAGAUUCAUCCGGUCAAGAGGAUGAUGGGAAUACCGGAAAAGGGGUUGAAGGGGUACUUGAAGUUGCAGGGUCAUCCAGGGAUGUCUCCACGGUAUCUGGCACUGAGAUUGUUCCUGUGAUGCCAAGUGUAACAGCCUGUUCUGUUGUAGAGAAAGUCAACUUCAGUGUUAGUGAGGAGGAUGUUGUCAGGAGCACUGAAUCUGCUGCGCCUGCUGAUUUGACUUCACUUGACGUUGUAGCGUCAUCCAAGGGUGUUUCUGACCCAGUGGACAAUGAGGCUGUUCCCAGGUUGGCGAGUGAAACAGCUGAUAGAGUUUUAGAGCAAUUCAGCACCAGAAUUAGAGAGGAGGAGGCUGAGGGGAAUGUUGUUAGGAGCUCUGUAUCUGUUGAAGGGAGUGCUGAAUUGACAUUGCAACGACCGGGUCUUUCUAAUGAUGGCGUGUGGACUCGUGGAAUUGAACCUCUGGUUGGAUCUUCUUCAUUUGUGUCACAAGGAAGUUUAAAUCUUGAAACUGAAGAGGCGAGCAAUCUGAGAUUGGAUUCUUCUGAAAAAGAUGAAAGCUCAGUCAGAGAGAUAGGUGGCCAGUCUAGUGCAAAAGAUAUAUUUAGUCAUGCAAAGGAUCAGAUAUCAGAUCAUCAAUCUGAAGGAGCUGUGUCAGGGGACAGUGGCAUGGUACAAAAAACACAUUCAGAAGCUGAAACCAUGGAAACCGAUGCCCAUGAUCAGAAGAGAGAUGCCUCGGGGGACAAGGACGGGAAUUCACCCCAGGAUAGUCUAAUGGUAUCAGAAGGACAUUCAGAAGUUGAACCCAUGGAAACUGAUAUCCGUGAUCAGCAGAGAGAUGACUUGGGCAACAAGGAUGAGGAUUCACAUCAGCACAGUAGGUUGGUACAGAAAAAACAUUCAGAGGUUGAUACCCUGGAAACCGAUGUCCAUGAUAAGGAGACAGUUGGUUUGGGCAACAAGGAUGAGAAUUCACAUCCUGAUGUUGAAACCAUGGAAACUGAUGUUUAUGAUCAAGAUGGUGGGUUGCCUAACAAGGAUAAGAAUAACAAUUCUAAUGCCGUAGUUGAACUCGCGGAGACAAUUAACCAUGAUGAUCAGAUAAUUAACAUGUACCAUCAGGUUCCUUCAUGUCAUGAACAUGAUAAUCUUGGUGUAGAUGUACUAGUGUCUCGAGAUUCUGCUAGCAAUUGUGCUGAUGAAAUGGACUCUUUGAGACCAAACAGUCAAAUCCCUGAAGAUAAGGGAGGAGAUAAUAAGGUAGUUAGUGGUGAUUCAAGAAUAUCAGCUGAGCACACCCCAGUUGCUCAUGAUCACUCCUUAGGUAGCAAUGGUAACAAAGUGCAGUCGCACCCUGGGAAGCAAGAUCAUAGCUUUAAGGAUGAUUUGGCUGCAGAGAAUGGGAUUAAUGGUUCUUCCUGUGAAAAAAUAAACCAUCCUGAGGUUCGGGAAUUCAAAUUUGAUAACAUGCAUGAAGAUAAAAGCAAUUUUACUUUAUGUACACAGGCAAAAACUUCUCAUAUGGAAACCCAAACUGGCAAUCAUAAGGAGGUGUCUUUAGUAGAUGGUAUUGAGGUCUCAAGUUGUAAAGUUCCAAUAUCCAGUGAUAAUGGGAGGUUAGGUGGUUCAGACGAGUUGCCAGAUGUGCAGCCUAAGGUAGCAGAUGGAGAUGUUGAAGUUACUCAUGAUGAUUUCCCACUUUCCGUACAGGCUAGUGCUCAUGAUACUGAAAAUCUUGAUGAGUUGGAAGUUGAGACAGUUCGUCAUGGGACAACUGACACUUUGACUUUUCCCAUGAAUGAUGAAAGUUUGAAUAUAGUGGAGGUUGAUGUCAGGCUGGAAAAUGAUGCAAGAAUUGGACCCUUGGAAACCCCUUGUGAACCAGCUUGCCAAAAUGAUGGAGCUAGUGUUGAAAUGGACGAGGAUGGGGAUGCCCAACUUCGAACUACCCCAACAAGCUUAAGUUGCGCUGUGGGUAAAAAUAUUUUGGAAGUUGAAACAAGGGCGUCUCUUGAAACUCUGGUUAGCACAAGUGAUGCGAGCACUGGGGAUGAAACAAACAAGGUAACACACUUGCUGCCAGAAGGUUUGGAUGGUGACAUGUUGCUGCAGCAUGUUGAGAAUGAGAGAUUAUUGCUUUUUGAUAACUAUGCUGGAAAAGAAGGCAAUCCCUAUAUGAGUGCAGCAUCAUCUAACAAUGAUGUUAUGACUGAAGUUCCCGAAGGAACUUCACUAGCAUGUCAGGAUACUUUGAAAACCUCAGAUUCGAAUGCUGUUAAUGUGAAGUCGCCUUCUUUAUUAAAAGAGAAUAGCUUUAAGGUUGAGGCUGAACACAAAGUGGAGGCUAAAGACACUGCUCUUGGAGAAGGUCCUGUUCAAGGUGAUGAUCUUGUUCAUGAUACAAAAGAAGGUGCUGUUACAGGAAUGCAUUCAAAUAUUAUCGAAGAAUCUGAAUCCUCUAUGAAUCAAGAAGGUGCGGUGGAGCAUGUUAAUAUGCGUGCUUUUGAGAUGGAUCGUGAUGCCGGGAAUGCUGCAACUGCCGAUAAAAUGUUAAAUGAAGAGAACAACUCUAACUUAGAGUGUGCUAUAAAAUCUGAGGCUACUAUAAAUUCUGGUGUUGAUAUCCCUCCUCCAGUUAGUGAUCAAAUUGCAGAAACUUGUAUUUCUGAUACCAUCAAUGCCAAGAUGAAUCAGAUCAAUGAGGACGAGUCUUCUUUUAAGGAAACUGAGGGUCUUGUUUUCCAUGUGCAUGUUCCAGAAAUGAAUGUUACAGAUGAGCAAGAGAAAGGCGAAGUUGAGAAGCUUCAUCCUGGUACUGUGCAGGAAUCUCCAGAGCAAGUCAAAGGAACUGAAGAAGUUGCAUCCGAGACUAGCCACACGGUGAUGUUGAAUGAGAAGCCUGUGAGCUUGUUGAAUAUGCAUCCUGGUUAUCUCAUUCCACCAGAAAAUGAGGGCGAUUACUCUAUUUCUGAUUUAGUCUGGGGAAAGGUUAGAAGCCAUCCAUGGUGGCCUGGACAGAUAUUUGAUCCUUCUGAUGCUUCAGAAAAGGCCAUCAAGCACCACAAAAAAGACAGCUUUUUGGUCGCUUAUUUUGGAGAUAGAACUUUUGCUUGGAAUGAUGCGUCUGUGUUGAGGCCAUUCUGUUCUCAUUUCUCCCAGAUUGAGAAGCAAAGUAAUUCAGAAACAUUUCAAAACGCUAUAAAUUGUGCUUUAGAAGAGGUUUCAAGACGGGUUGAACUUGGCCUUGCUUGCUCAUGCACACCUGAAGAUUCCUAUGAAGAGAUUUCACGUCAGAUUGUGGAGAACACUGGGAUUCGUGAAGAAUCAAGCAAAAGAUACGGAAUGGACAAAUCGACUGGAGUUGCUUCCUUUUCACCUGAUAAGCUCAUGCACUAUAUGAAAGCAUUGGCCAUAUCACCAACUUGCCGGGCUGAUAGAUUGGAUCUCACUAUUGUUCGAGCUCAGCUAGUGGCCUUUUGUCAUUUCAAAGGAUAUCGUCUGCCGCCACAAUUCUUAUUAAGUGGAGAAUUGCUAGAAAAUGACGCCGAACUUCCACAUGUGGACUAUGCAAUUGCCGAUAACGGUCAUGCUUCGGAACACAGUGAGCAACAUCCCAGUAAAGUCUCCGCUCACAAACGUAAGCACAGUUCAAAAGAUAGCUCACAGAAAAAAAUGAAAGAGCGGAUCUUGUCAGAGCUGAUGGAUAACGUGGAAUGCGCAUAUUCUCCAGAUGAUGAGGAUGAAAAAACACUCACUUCCAGCAAAAAGAGGAAGGCUGUUGAUUCUCGUACUGAUGGAUUGGACAAGAAAACAAGUGUUUAUGCUGCUAAAGUGUCAACCACAGUGUCUGUAUCUCCUAAGCCGUCCUUCCGUAUUGGUGAAUGCAUUCAAAGAGUGGCAAGCCAAUUAACUCGUUCAACCACACUUCUGAAGUGCAACAGUGAUCAAAGUGGGGCUGAUGUUCAAUUUCAGGACUCUCCAAAGGGAAAAGAUGUGAUUCCAACUGAACUACCUUCUUCAACUGAGUUGCUCUCACAACUUCAGUUGGUGGCAUUGGCUCCAUUGAAAAGAUACAACUUCUUCAAAACCAUCUCUACUUUCUUUUCAGGUUUUAGAAAGUCAGUUGCUGUGGGCCAGAAAUCGCGGAGGCAGAAUUCAUCGGUGGGAAGACCUGGUGGUAGUCGUAAGAGAAAAGCUACACAAAGUGUAGCUGGUUUUGCUGAAGAAUUUGAGUUCGACGAUGUAAAUGAUUCUUAUUGGACAGACAGGAUUGUACAAAACUGUGGGGAGGAGCAGCCAUUGCAGAGCAGUCAGAGUGGGGAAGGAGAACAUCAGCUCACUGUUCAUGAGCCUGAGAAAUCCAAUAAACCGGGUCGUAGAUCAUACACUAGAAGACGAAAAUCUGUUGCUGAUUAUGACAUCACACCAGCUGUUCCUCCUGAGGACAUUGAGAAGAGGAAGCAUGAGCCAGCAGAACUCAUUUUAAUUUUUGCAGAGGGUGGUCCUCUUCCGUCUGAAAUGAGCCUUAAUAAAAUGUUUAGGCGGUUUGGGCCAUUGAAGGAAUUAGAAACUGAAGUUCGUCAGGAGUCUACUCGUGCUAGGGUAGUCUUUAAAAGGGGUUCUGACGCAGAGGUUGCUCAUAGUAGUGUAGGAAAGUUCAACAUCUUUGGGUCAAGGCAAGUGACGUAUGAGAUCAGCUAUACACCAGUUAUCUCAUUUAAGCCAACGCUCACAAUUACACCAGACCCGGAGGGAGCUAUUUGAUGCUUCAGCUCCAAAAUGAUCGUAGCUUCAGGUUAAAGAAGACGUGAUUACGCAGAGACGGCCAAUAGUAACAUCUUUCAUUAGAAAGAGUGGGUUGCUGGACUAGAGGGUGACGUUUUCUUUUUGUAUAGGAAAAAACUUCGUUUCUAUCUUGUAUUUCCUUUUCUCUUUCUAUUUUCCAAGAGUUUUCCCUCCCGCUCCA